UUAAGAACAAGUCAACAAUUUAAUUUAAGCUGCCGAUCACUCUAUAUAAACAAACUCCUGAUGAUGCUAUUUCACUCAAAAUCAACAAUAUGGAACAUAAAAUAAACAUGGUGUCUGUUAUUUUCAUUGUUUCGAUGCUUUUGGCUGUUGAUUUCGUGGCAGCGAGUGUAACAGUGGAUAAAAGAUUACGAGAGGAAACGUAUUCGAAUAUUCCAUUCAGAAAAAGAACGAUGAGUACUACUAUGCGACAUACAUCCCGCAGGCGUAGGAGACUAUCUACCGAGGAGAACGGUCAUGUAGGACAUGAUGUAGAUAUAUGUGCAGACAUUAUAGGGCCGGAAUGGAAGAUAAGCAAGCAAGGAACAAGUCCAUGCCAAACAUUAGUUGUGUGGGUGCCUAAGAAAACAGGCUUCACUGAGUUUGUAAAAGUCAACCAAGAAAAUAAAGUUGAGGGUGGAUUCUCUAUAGCCAUAUUCUGCUAUGCAUUACACUUUUUACCUUUCAGAGUUCAGCCUAUCUUCAAACCUUUCAUAAAUGACAAAGGGGAAAGUAAUGGUACAUACGAUCAACUUCUAAGACACAUUGAAGGAAAGACCUGUGAAGCAGUAGCAGGUGAUGUAACAGUGCGUGCCAGUCGAACUCAAUACGUUAAUUUCACAAGCCCGUACCUGAGCUCUGAGGUUUAUAUGCUUGUUCGUGCUUCACAUGCAUGGAACCAAACCUUGUGGACUUUUUUAAAACCAUUUACCUGGAGAUUAUGGAUUGCAAUAGUCGGUAUAUGUAUCUAUAUUGGACUUGCAGUUGCAAUUCUAGAAUACCGUGUUAGCAACCCAAAAUUUAGAGUCCCGGUUUAUCAGAAAGUCAUAAUGGUCAUCUGGUUUCCUAUUUCGACAUUCUUCUUCCAUGACGGGAAAAUACUUAAUAAGAACACUAAAGUGGUUCUUAUUAUGUGGCUAAGUAUGAUUUUCAUAAUAGUUCAGAUUUUUACGGCUACUUUGUCCGCAUGGUUGACACUAGAUCAAAUGCGUCCCAGAUUGCCUACAAGUUAUGAAAAUGUAGGAUACCAAGACGGUUCUUUCCUAAAAGAAUUUAUACAGCAAAAAUACAAUUGUUCUGGGUCUACGCCGCUCAAAGGCGUUGAAGAAUAUAAAACUGCUUUGUCAAGUGGCAGAGUAAAUGCUAUUUUUGAUGAGCUUCCCUACAUCGAACUCUUUCUGGCUAAAUAUGGCUCUAGUUACAUGAAGUUUGGACCCAUAAACCAGGAGUCCGGAAUUGCAUUCGCAUUCUCUCGUGAAUCCAGAUUAUUACAGGAUUUUUCAAGAUCAGUAAUAAAUGUCACAGAAAGUGAUAUUAUGAUGGACAUGAAGAAAAAAUAUCUUGGAUUCCGUAUGCCUGAUGGAUCACAGCUUAAUCAAGCGCUUCCACAAAGUCUUGAUAUUGAAAGUUUUUUUUUUUUUUUAACGGCCGACAAAAUUUUAUUAAUUGUAGCAAGAAGCUACCCGCCAAAUUUACAACUAGAGUACUGUCACCAAAAUAAAAUUACACCGAUUACGUACAAUUACAUAUGUUAACCAACGAUAUCAAACCGGCACCAUCUUUCCCAUGUUAGCUCCAUCAUUUUCGAUCGGUUCUUGACCCAUAAGUACGCCAUUGUUUUUAUU